AAUCACAGUCGAUUGCUUUUAGUUGGAGGAAUGCAUUCGGGACACAAACGUGGGAGGCGAAGCUCACGUUACUCAGUGUUUUGAAACUUCAAUUUUGACAGGUUGUGAAUGUUCCUACUACUGCUGUGAUAUGGAGUUAUAUGUGCAUUCUUGAAAAUUGGAUUACUGUGAAAACCAUGCAUCAGAAACGGUUUAUACAUGCUCUAACUUCUGUUAUUAAUGGUUUAUCGCAUUCCGUGUAACACUAAUCGAGUUCAAUGUCGGGCCAAUAUGGCCGCCGUGUUGCUCUAUGUCUGUUCUGCUUUCGUUGUUUGGGUGUGUUGUUUUCAGCACCCCGUUCAAGCACAAGCAGCAGACAGUGUACGGUGUCCUUCUUCAUGCAAUUGUCUUGGAAAUAAUGUGGAUUGCAGUAAUUUAGGAUUAUACGACAUACCUAAAAAUAUACCGAAAUGGGUUACACGGCUGGAUCUACAGAGGAACAGUAUAAGUGAGAUAAGACCUGAGGAUUUCAAAGGAUUAAUUAAUCUGCAAUAUCUGGAUUUGAGCAACAAUGGUCUGAAGAUUCUGAAUGGGUCUGACUUUAGCGAUCUAAUCAGCUUACAAACUUUGAAAUUAGAUUCUAACGAACUGACCGAAAUGCCUGUAUUUUCAAGCCAGUCUAACCUGACCAAUCUUUCUAUCACCAGCAACCACAUUGUGAGCAUCUCUUUAGCUGCACUGGUGCACAUGCCUAAUCUCCAUACUCUAGACCUGAGUCGCAAUAACAUACUGAGUGUCAGCAAUGGCAGUUUCCCAGCUAAAUGUCAACUUGUCCAUUUAAAUUUAAACAACAACCACAUCUCAGCCUUAGAGAAAGGCAGCAUGAGUAACUUGACAUCCCUGGAGACACUGAAGAUGAACAAGAACAAGCUGGUGGAGAUAAUGACUUCAGCCUUCCAUGACAUGCACAAACUGAAAGUUCUAGAGCUAAUGAGGAACAAACUUCAAGUGAUUAAAGGUUUAACUUUUCAAGGUGCCAAGAAACUGGAAAUUUUGAGGUUGAAAAAGAACAACAUUUCUCAGCUGAAAGAUGGUGCUUUUUAUGACCUGCACAAUUUGAGAGAACUGCAUUUGGAUAACAACAGUCUAGUAAAUGUGACAAAAGCUUGGCUCUUUGGAUUGAAGAAAUUAGAGACACUGUCAUUACCACACAACAAAAUCUCCCACAUUGACUCAGAUGCCUGGGAACAGUGCAAGAAUCUUGUCAAACUUUCCAUGAUGGACAACAGAUUGACAGCCAUCACAGAGUCCACAUUUGCACAGCUAGCUUCUUUACAACUCCUGCAACUUGACCAAAAUCAGAUCUCUCGGAUAGAUGAUGGCGCUUUCAAGCACCUGACCAGUCUCACCACUCUAGAGCUGAAUUCCAAUGAGAUAUCAUGGAGUAUGGAAGAUGUGUCUGGGCUCUUUCGUGGACUCAACAGUUUAACCAAGUUGUCUCUCAAAUUUAAUUCCAUUCGUUCUAUAGCAGUCUAUGCUUUCUCAGGCCUACCAAAGUUAAGGAACCUUUACCUGGAAGAGAAUGACAUCACAUCUAUCCAAGAGAAUGCUUUUGAGACACUCAGGGAUUUAAGAGAUUUACGUUUUAACUCUACCAAAUUGUACUGUGAUUGUCACCUGUCUUGGCUUUAUCCAUGGCUAGUACAACAAGGCUAUCAAAACUCUGCUGUGGGGACCUGCUUUCAUCCAACCAACCUUCGGGGAAUGUCCCUGGUGCAGGUGGACUCAGCACAGUUCAAGUGCAACAAUUCUGAAUUUCCAAAGCCAGUAAUUAUAGAAAGUCCAAAGUCCACCAAUGGUUUCAAAGGGGAAAAUUUGACCUUAACUUGUAUGACUGCAAUAACAGGGGGUGUACAGCCUACAAUACAAUGGAAGAGAAACAAUAUGGUCUUGGAGGAUAUCCACUCUGUGGUGACAGCCAGUAGUGAUGGGGAGGUCAAACACUUCACAUCCCAUCUGAUACUGCCUGACGUGCAGGACAGUACUGCAGGGAAAUACCAUUGUGUGGUGUCCAAUGAGUUUGGUUAUGCCAUAUCUCAGAAGGCUCAGAUCAAUGUAUAUGUCUAUCCAGUGUUCUUACAAAAACCAAAAGAUGUCACUGUGAAGGCUGGUAAACCUGCAGAGCUAAAGUGUGCUGCCACUGGGCAGCCACCUCCAGAAAUCUCCUGGCAGAAAGAUGGUGGAGACAACUUCCCAGCGGCUCGAGAUCGUCGGAUGCAUGUCUACCCUAACGAUGACAAGUUCUUCAUCAUGGACACUAGAAUAGCUGAUGAAGGGGUGUACAGCUGCAUGGCCAAAAAUGAAGCUGGUGUGAUCAUUUCUAAUGCAACAGUCACUGUUUUAGAAACACCUGGCUUUGUUCAACCAAUGAUUGGGAAAAAGACAUCAAAGCUAGGAGAGACAUCAGUUUUGCAGUGCAUGGCAUCAGGAAGUCCACAGCCUAAACUAACCUGGUUGAAAGAUGAUAGAGAUCUUGUAUUGACGCCUCGUCAUUUUUUCACUGUUGACAAUCAAAUCUUAGUUAUUGUGGACACUCAGUGGUCAGAUGGAGGUGUCUAUGCCUGCAGAAUGUCCAACUCUCUUGGUACAGCCAAAGGAACAACUGAGCUACAGGUACUGAGUGCCAAUGGAGAGCCUUCAGAGAGUGGAAGCUUUGGUUUGGAUGAUGAGUCCACAACAACUGGUAUCAUCAUUAUAGCUGUGGUGUGCUGUGUGGUGGGAACAUCCCUUGUUUGGGUCAUCAUAAUCUACCAGACAAGGAAGCGACACGAGGUGUAUAGUGCCACUCCCACAGAUGAAACAACUCUUCCAGGCGAAGUACCAAGCUCUGGUUAUAUGUCCUCUGACAGAGAAGGAAGCUAUUCCCAGGGACCAAUUACUACCAACUACCACUAUCAAGACUAUCAGAUGAAAGAAUCUGGAUAUGAAUCCUCCUCUGGUCAGUUUCGAGCCAAUGGUUAUAAUAGGUCAACAAUGCUGCCUAGUGAUGUUGAUGAAGAUGACCCGCAGCCCACAGUUAUGACUGCUGGAGACCGUCUUCUGAGGCAAUUGAAAGCUGCACCGUCAUCCACCAGUCUUCAGUACCCUGGCAGUGAUGGGGAUACUAUUGGCAGUAGACACAGCACAAGCAGUGGUCAUCACAGUGACCCACCCAGCAGUCACUCUGGACACUCAUCUCAUCAUCCUCUGGUCUACCAACAGCUGAAUGUGGUGACCGCUGAGGACUAUGGGAGAAAGUCUUCCUCACAGUCACCCUUGGCGGAUGAGUCUCACUUAAGCCAACAAUUAGGAAAAUCUAUGUUUCAGACUUUUCACCCCACAAAACCUACCAACCAUGACAGGAGCGUCUGUGGUGGUAGGCGGGGGGAGAAUGCAGCUCAGCAGCAUGAGCCUUGUGAUAAUCUUGAUGUGGAGACUGGGUCGUACCCGAGCAGAGCUACUCUGCCUGGCGCUUGUGCUGUCUGUCAGUCUUCUACUAAUGAUUUAAAGUCCAUCCAUGGCUGUUUAAAUCCAGCAGGAAACUGUCCCCCUUGUUACUUAAAUGUGACAGAAGAGGGCAGUAAAUAUGACACUUGUGGUGGCAGGUGUGUACAGGGCGAUACCAAAUCCUCGUCAGACCCUCUUCAUCCCCCUGCCUUGUUUUCAGUGCCAACGCCCACACCUGGUGACACUAGAAGCAGACCAAAAUGUUUUUGUUAUGUACAUAAAAAUCCCAAGCUUGCGUGUUGUCAUGGCAAUGCAGAGACUUCAGGCUGUAAAAGCAACCAAGAGGAAGUGACAGUCUAUGACUGCUGCAACGCCGGGGCCACUCCCAGCCCAUGUCACUUAGGGAACCAAGCUACCAGCCCAUGUUGCUGUGAAGUAGUCAGAGACUCUCACUUCUGUCCCCACCAACAGUCCCAUCAAUGUGAGGAGAAUGGAGUUUCUUUGUGUUCAAAUGGUGACUGUCCUCCCAGCUACCAGGCCCCACACCACAGACAUGCUACCUCACUCAACAAAGGCAGGCCCAAACUGGGACAUGUACAUUGUGAUACAUACUCCUUACAUAGAGAUUGCAGUAGCUGUGGUUGUGACAGUCAGGAACUACCUCUUCAUAGGCGGAAUCAUCCUUCAUGCUCAAAUUGCAAGUCUUGUUCUAAGAAGGAGAACUCAUCUCAUCUGAAGGGAGCAACAAUGCAGAUUCAGCAUACAUAGUGUUUCCCCUGUAAGAGGUGUCAUGUCUUAGCCAACCCAUCCAUUCCAGUAACAAACUUCUUUUAGCAUCAUCUAGAGACAAACAACUCAAGAUGAUGCCUUGAUUUGUUUUAGUACUGUUAUUUUAUUCUGCCUUGUUAGUUCCAUGGACAUCAGCCCAGAGACCACCAUGAGGACUAACUCAUCAUUUGUUCAAGAGCAGAGCCAUCUGUGCCCUUAAUGCCUUCAUUCUUUUGAUUUGGUCUUUCAUUUUCUUCACUUUUUUUUUUUUUGAACUAAAAGAGUCAAGUCUUCAUGUGAGACCACAAAUCCUAGGAGUGCAGAAUGAUUUGUUUCACCUUAACCACCAGAUGAUUGACUAGAAUUAGAACUAGACAGAAUGUGCUUUAGCAAUCAAAUGGGAAAUCUUCUCUUUGUCUUUAAAGAAAUGGAACCAGCUGAGGAUAAAGAAGUUUACACUAUCUUAGUGAAUGUCAUAGUUAUGCUCCACUAAAUGAACACACAUUCUGUUGAGUUCUAAUUCUGUCAAGACUGAAGAAAAUUGACUUGUAGAUUGUUACAAAAACACCAAUUAUGUGUUGUGACUUAUGAAGCAAAUUGUCUUCCAAUUCAAAUAGUACUUAAUACAUCUUUUUGUGAAAUGGCAUAAAAAAUGAUUUUUAUUUGAUUUACACAACUUUUUGAUUUUGUUAUUUUAAUUUUGAACUUUUUUUUUUUAGAGGACCUAGGUAUUGUAUACCUGAUUGGCCAACCCUGUGUUGUUUCGUCAGUCUAGGUACAUCUAGGUAAACUUGAUGAACUGUGUUGUGACUUGAACAGUUAUGUUCUUUGUGAAAAGAUGGAUGUAUAUAUUUAUAUAAUAGUUGCAUUAAUAUAAAUAGUAAUGUUAUUGGAGCCUCGUUUUAGAACUGGCAUAAAACAAUCAAUUGAUAAUGUCUUAUUACGGGUUGUUUUGAUGGAAGACUUGUACAUAGUUCAUGUGUAUAGAAGGUAAUAGCAUGUAGUUGUAGACAUCGUGAUACAACAAUGCUGCCGGUGUGGGUGUGUGUGUGCAAGUGUAGUCUGUUAUUGAAAUGUAUCUACAUCCUCAUUAUCAACAAGAUUCCAUCUUCAUCAAGUUCUAGACCAUUAGAGUAAUUAGUAUCAUGUCUUCAACUCAAGUCUGUAUUAAAGAUCCUUUGAAAUCCUCUCCAGUCAUGUCUUCCUUCUUCCAGUGAAAUCCAUUAGUUAUGCUGACUCACUUUCCAGCUGGUAUUUCGCUUAUCCCCAAACUUCUCAUCUAAUUGUAUAUGUAUGUGAGGUAGUGAACUCCUAGGUAGGGUGACUGGUGUACCUACAGCACAAGUACAUCCAGACAUUCUUUUCCAGCAUUCAGUCACCACAUUAGAUCUAAACUAGUUCAAGUGCAUGAAUUAAUAUUCACUUGGUAACAGCAUCUCUCUCAAGCGCUAAACAGUAUGACUGAUAAAUGGAAAUAUGCUCUGGUUCAUAGAGUUAUGUCACACCAGAAUGCAAACUGAGUCUUACUCCUUGUAGCAUUGGAACACAGUCCCCCAGACUAAGCUCUCAGUAAUCUGUGUGUUGUGUUGCUAUUAAGCUGAGAGUUGUGUAUAUAGUUCUACGAAAAAUGUGAACAAACUUUCUAUGGUAGACCAAGUUGGUUUUUUGUUUUUAUUUUAGACUUAUUUAUUCUGUACUUUUGUACUAGUGUUGCCAACCUGCCCACACCAACUAUUUAGACAAAUGAGACACUUUGUUUUGUUUCUAUGACUUGUGUUGAUGUGACUAUUUAUCAAUGUAUGACUUGACCUGUGUGCAUGGAGUGUACAUGUGUGUGCAAUGAAUCCAGGUGUCUGCUAGACAGUGAGGUCAUAUUGAACAUUAUUGAACAAUUGUUUGAAUAAAAAAAUUUAGAAAUGAAAA